AUGAGCAGGAAAAGUGAUGUUAUCUCCAAUAUUAGUAUAUAUCCCGAAUAUUAUUUUCAUGUAGCAAAAGGUUUUGCUACUAAAGAUAUAUCAACUUCAAAAAUAAACAACAAAAAAGAGAAAAAAAAUAUAUUAAUUUUUCCUAUAAAAUUUUCUAUAUUUAUCCUUUUAAUUUGGAUAUUAAAAGAUUCUAAUAAUUGCGAUUAUUUUAGAUCAUGGAAUUACAAAAAUGAAAUAAAAAACAUAUUAUAUUUAGGAGCCAAAAGAUUGUUAACAGAAAAUGAUGAUAUAAUAAAACAAGCAAACGAAGGAUUAAAAUACCGUGAGCAAAAGGAAAUGAUAGAAACAGAUUUAGAAUCAAUAAAGGAAAAAGACGAAAUAGAAGAAAAAAUAGAUAUAGAACAAAGUGAAAUAGAGGAAAAACUGGAAAAUAAAAAAAUAAAAUUUAAUGGGAAAAUUUCAAGCAAAUGCCAAAAUAAUUUAAAAGUAAAUUCCCUAAUUUGUGCUUUUAUUUUAUCAUGUUGUUCAUUUUUGUUAUCUCUAAAAGUAGCAAUUGCAUAUGAUUUAAUAACACCUCAAUUAACUCUUUUGUUUGUUAAUCUCUCUAUAACAAUAUUUUCAAUUCUUCUAAUUCUCGAACAAACACAAACAAAACCUAAUGAUAAAUUAUAA